ACUGCACAGUGAUUGUCAGUUUAAACAUUAACUUGUGUGACAAGAGUCUAGCUGACUGUUGGUGGCUAGACACUGAUAAAAGCUGUGCUGUCCCACGCUGCACUCUGAGAACAUCCAGAUACCAAUAUGAGCAACUUCGGGCAGAUCCUGAAGGAGAUCGGGGAGUUUGGUUUGUUUCAGAAACGUUUAGUGGCUGCAUUAUGCAUCCCCACUAUGUUUAUAGCUUUUGAUGUGAUUGGUCAGGUGUUUACGGGCAUGAACUUCCCACAUCACUGUAACACUGACUGGAUCUUGGAGCGUGGGCCAAACCUGACAGAUGAGAAACAAAAAAAUCUCACCCUCCCGGUGAACCAGGCUGGGAAGUAUGAAAGCUGUGAAAUGUUCACAAUUGUGGAUUGGGGUUUGGAAACAAUUGAAGCGCAUAGGAUUAACACUACAACUGGAUGCAUAUAUGGAUCAGAUUUUGAGGCACCCAAAGGUGCCUCCAGCAUUGUUACAGAGUUCAACCUGGUGUGUGACAGGAGCAGUUUGAUUCAGGCUUCACAGUCCAUCUACAUGUUCGGUCUUCUGAUUGGAGCGCUGGUGUUGGGGCAGAUGGCUGACAGGUUCGGUCGACGCUUUGUGGUCCUACUGUCACUCCUUCUCCUGCUGUUGUUUGGUGUCGGCGCUGGUUUCUCACCCAACGUCUAUGUUUAUGUGCUUCUGAAAUUUUUAAGUGGCUUCUCCGUUUCAGGCAUUCUUGUUAAUGCAUUUGUGAUAGGUGGAGAGUGGAGUGAUUCCUCCAAGUUUGCUUUCUGCGCCAUUAUCUGCCACACUUCCUUCCCUCUUGGACUGAUACUGUUGUCUGGCAUUGCCUAUUUGAUCCACAACUGGAGGAUCCUGCAGAUUGUGCUCUUCAGCCCUCUUGUCGUUGUCCUGGGAAUCUUUUACUGGAUUCUUCCAGAGUCAGCUCGCUGGCUCAUCACCCAGGGCAGGAAGGAGGAGGCCAUAAAAGAGAUCCGGAGGGCAGCCAAGGUGAACGGGAGGACGGUCCCGGAAGAUCUGCUAAAUAAUCUGGAUGCUGAGGGUAGAUCCAAAAGAGGAAGCAUGUUGGACAUCUUCAGGAUAUCGUAUCUGAGAAAACGUGCAUUGAUAAUGAGCUACGUGUGGUUUGGAACAAGUCUGGUGUACUAUGGACUGAGCCUGAAUGUUGGCAAUUUUGGCCUGGAUAUCUACCUCACACAGUUUGUCUUUGGCGCAGUAGAAUUUCCUGCACGUCUGGGAAGUUUGCCUCUUAUCCAGCAAUUUGGGAGGAAAAUAUGUCUAGCAGGGGUCCUGUUGUUUGGAGGCGCUGCUUGUCUUGGGACACUUGUUAUUCCAAAAGACCUUCCUGUGGUGGUAACAGUCAUAGCCGUACUGGGAAAAUUUGCCGCCACUGCCAGUUUCUCCAUAGUCUAUGUUUAUACUGCAGAACUAUACCCUACCACUCUAAGGCAGAAUGGUGUAGGUCUAAACUCCGUGUGUGCUCGUGUGGCGGGCAUCCUCGCUCCGCUGAUCAGACUCCUUGACGUCUACCAUUACACCAUCCCCAUGCUGAUAUACGGCAUCGUACCUAUUGCUGCUGGAGGUCUCUGUUUGCUACUGCCUGAAACCCUCAAUGUUGAACUCGAGGACCACGCUGAACUCAUGAAAUCUGAGAAUGGGACUGAGAUACGAUGCUUCACUAAAGAGGAAAUAUCAGGGAAGAGUACAAAGUUGUAAUUUGUAUGGACGUAAAUGUUUUCACAAUUUUUUUACAUCAGAAAAAUAGUUUCCUCAACCGAUAACUGGGAACAAGGAUUUAUCAGGAGGAAGUUACCUAAAUACAAAGCAUCAAUGGAACCACGUUGAACUGGUAAAUUAUUAAACAUGAUUUUAUUGUUUUAUUGUUUAUUGUUGUUACAAUCUGUUUAUAUAUAUAUAUAUAGUAUAUAGGGUCCUUGAUCAGAACAGAGUUCGGCACCUGACAGUCAACCAAGUCCGAAAGGGCAUGCCUGACUUCACAUUUAUUGCUGUUUGUCUGAAACUGUAUGUGUGCAGAUGUUUGUUUUCUGCAUGUACAGUAUAUACUGAUGAACAUUUUAAUUCUUUUUUUAAAGCUUUUUUUUUAAUUAACCGUAUUGUGUUAAAAGUGCUACAUAAAUAAAGUUGAAUUGACCCGA